UAGAUCAAAACAAAAACAAAAAAACCCAGCCAUGUUCAGAGCAGUGUUCGGAACCAAGAAGGAAGGAGGAGGAAAAAGAGGAGACAAAAAGAGCCAGAAAAAUGCAGGUGUCGAGGCGCACAUGGCCGGCGUCCAGCAGAGGGGCAGCGGCCAGCGCGCCUCUCACCACCACGGCCAUCACGGCAGCCAGCUGAGCCGGAGGAGGCUGACGAAGGGCGUGUCCAUCUCUCUGCCGUCCUCCCCCCUCCUCCCUCGCCAGGCCGACGUAGUUUCCUCCCAGUCGUGCGUCAAGUUCCCAGGACGGGCGAGGAAGCCGGAGUAUGUGGAUGGCUCUUCCAGAGCGAGAGAACCUCUCGCCUUUGCCUCCUGCCGUGGCAAGACAGACCACAGAGACCUCCACGUGGAGCCCCACCUCGGCUCCUCCCUUUCUACCCAGGAACUGAUGACCAGACUAUGCUUCUUAUUGGGCGAAGCAACGGGCAGCACUGCUAGCUCUCCUAUGGAGGACAGGAGGGAAAAGAAGUGUGACACCUCUGUCCAAGGGGGGAGUCCCAGCUCCACUCUUACCUGCAGCACCACCUCCCCCUGUACAGAGAGCCCCACAUCCACCCUGAGCACCAAUGCUGGGGGCCACUCCCUACCCCAGCCUUUGCCCUUAUCCUCUCCUCGCUGCGGCUCCAGCUCCAGCCCCUGCGGGACCCUCUCUAGCCCCGCACACAGCCCUGCCCCCUGUCCUACUUCUGGACUCAUCUGUGUCAGCAGUUCGGGGCCUCCAUCUCAGAGCCCCACCUCCACCUUGGAGAGUAAGGAUAGCGGGAUAAUAGCGACCAUCACAAGUUCCUCUGAGAACGAGGAGCGCAGCACUUCCAGCGAUGUUCUGACCAAGGAGGAGGCCCCGGGGCCCGGCCCUGGUGUCAUGGGCCAGGCGAGCGACGAGCGCCAUCCCGGGCACCACAGGGACAAUCUGACAGCCCCGCAGCCUGAGGCCCUAUGCAGAAGUGAGAUCACGGAGCCCAGGACUCCGCCGGCUCCGAAACGACCCCUCCCACAGCACCACAUCCAGGGCCCCUCUUCGCACACGAUGCCCCGUCCAAAUUCAGUGGCAGCAACGAGCUCCACUCGGCUGGAGGAUCUGAGCUAUCUGGAGAACCAAAGGGCUGCGGGGCACCGGGGCUCGGUCCGAAAGCACAACACAGCCGGACGCGCGUGCGAUGACCCCAAAGGGAGACUGGUGGCGUUCAAACAAACGGACAUAAUGCUGAAACCGCUGCUGUUCGAAGUGCCCGGGGUCACCGCAGAGACGCCUUUCGUCGGCCGGGACUGGCUCUUCGCUCGGCUGGAGGAGGUCUUGAGGAAAAGCAGCAGCUGCGAGGGCCGCGGCGCCGUCAUCGUGGGCAAUGCCGGAUCCGGCAAGACCGCCAUCAUCUGGCGGCUGGUGACGCUCAGCUGCCACGGGAUGCGGACGUCGCAGGGGGGACCCAGCGACCCCCACAGCCCCAAAGCCUCCCCUAAAUCCGCAGACAGGCAGGGGAAAGCAGCCUCCAACCAGAGCUCUGCUGCAGGAACGAGUGACAAUGCGGGACAGAGGAAGGAGGCUGUGAGAUGCCUAGCUGCCAAGGUUGUAGCCUACCACCUCUGCCAGGCGGACAACACCUACACCUGCCUGGUCCCAGAGUUUGUGCACAGUGUCGCCGCCCUGCUGACCAGGGCCCCUCAGCUCGCCCCCUACAGGGAACUGCUGGCGCAGGAGCCGCACCUCCAGAAUCAGCUCAGCCUGCGUUCCUGUGUUCAAGAUCCCAUGGCUGCCUUCAGAAAGGGGAUCCUGGAGCCUCUAGCCAGCUUACGCAAAGAGCGACGGCUACCCGAGGAGGACUACAUCAUACUGGUCGACAGUCUUAACGAAGCGGAGUUUCACAAGCCGGACUACGGGGACACAGUCGCCACCUUCAUCACCAAGAUCGUGUCCAAGUUCCCCCACUGGCUGAAGCUGGUGGUGACGGUCAGGACGGGCCUGGUGGAAAUCACCACGCUCCUUCCCUUCUCGGGCAUCUCUCUGGACAUCCUGCCAGACAGCAGUGAUCUGGGAGCUGACCUGAGCGACUACAUCCAUCACCGGGUCAGCGGCAGCAGCCAGAUCGCGGCUAAUGUUACCACGCCAACGGGCUCCGCUCCUGAUCCCCUGCUCCUCAGCAAGUUCAGCAGCAACCUGUCAACCCGGAGCCACGGCUCCAUCCUCUACCUUCAGCUGACUCUGGAUCUGUUCCACAAGGGCCACCUGACUCUGAAAGGAGGAAACUACCUGGUGGUGCCCGUCUCCCUGUCAGAGGUGUACCUGCUGAUGUGUCGUGUGAGCUUUCCGGAUAAGGACGUCUUUGAGCAGGUCCUUCCGGUGCUAAAUGUGGCGCUGGCGUCUCUGCACCCACUGACUGAUGAGCAAAUGUUCAGGGCACUGAACGCAGGCAGUGUGAAGGGGGAGCUGGAGUGGAACGACUUCCAGCAGAGAUUAGACAGCCUGGCUGGGUUCAUGGUUAGACGGAGGGACGGUACUCGGAUGCUGUGUCAUCCCUCCUUCAGAGAGUGGUUGGUUUGGAGAGCUGACGGUGAAAGCACGGACUUCCUGUGUGACCCUAGGAGCGGCCAUGCACUCCUGGCCUUCAUGUUCUCCAGGCAGGAGGGAAAGCUGAACCGUCAGCAGACGAUGGAACUGGGACACCACAUCCUCAAAGCCCACAUAUUCAAAGGUCUGAGUAAGAAGACCGGCGUGUCCUCCAGCGUUCUCCAGGCCAUGUGGGUGAACUGCAGCACAGAUAGUCUGUCAGCUGCUCUGGGCUCCCUGAGGAACCUGUACACCCCCUCUUUGCAGGUAAGCCGUUUGCUGAUGCUCGGUGGGGCAUGUGUGACCUGGUGUACGGAGGUGAUAGGACACGCCCCCAUCCUGGCCGUCCAUGCCCACCUGGGCCACGUGGAGAUGGUAGCGUUGCUGCUUGAAAUGGGCGCUCCUGUGGACGGCACCACCGGCAGCGGCAUGACGCCCCUCUGUCUGGCGGCUGCAGCCGGACACGCCGACAUCGUGAGCCUGCUCUGCAAGAAGGGAGCCAAGGUGGGGCUUGCUGAUAAGAGUGGCCAGUGUGCACUGGUCCAUGCUGGGCUGAAGGGCCACGCAGAAAUCAUCGGCACCUUGCUGGGCCAGGACUGGGGAGCAGAUCUCCCCGCCGAUCCACAGCAGCCCAACGGCAACGACACCGCGACCGGGAAAACACAGGCGGCCCAGCAGGCGGUCACGGCCGCAGCCAGCGUGGGACACAUGCAGGUGGUGAAAAGCUUUCUGGACUUGAAAGAUGAACAGCUGGCAGUGCAGAUGGACGCUCACGACUCACUCUGGGGAGAAACGGUGCUGAGCGCGGCAGCGGGGAGAGGGCGGUUGGAGAUGUGUGCCUUCCUGCUGGAGCACGGGGCAGAGCUGGAGGUACCGAACCGCAGAGGAAUGGUUCCACUGCUUAGUGCCGCCAAGCACGGCCACACACAGGUCACGGAGCUGCUUCUAAAGAAAGGUGCAGAUAUCAAUGUCAGCGACAAACAGGGUCGCACCGCGCUGAUGUUGGCCGCCUCUGAGGGAUACGUGGCCACUGCUGAGCUCCUGCUGUCGAUGGGUGCCUCUCCGUCCUCCGCUGACCAGGAGGGGCUGACGGCGCUGAGCUGGGCCUGCAUGAAGGGCCAGAAGGGCGCGGUGCAGCUGCUGGUGGAGGCGGGCGCAGAUCUGAACCAGGCGGACAGGCAGGGAAGAACCCCGCUGGACCUAGCCGCCCUCAACGGGGAUGCGGACACGGUGCACAGCCUGGUGGAGCACGGAGCGGUGCUGGAGCGGCCGGACAACAGCGGCACCAGAGGUUCAGAUCGACCGGCGGGCUGCCAGAAUCCGGCUCUGGUGGCUUCGCUGCUUAAGAAGGGAUCCAAAACAAGCUACAAAACCGCCCCGCACGAUCGAUCAGGUCACGCUACGUGGGCUAUGGCUUCCUCCAAACCUGACAUCCUCCUCAUCCUGCUGCAGAAGCUGAUGGAGGAAGGGAACAUACUCUACAAGAAGGGACGCAUGAAGGAGGCCGGCCAGCGCUACCAGUACGCCCUGAGGAAGCUGCCUCGCGAGGGGCAGGGAGACGAGCUGAAAGGGCUGAAAGACCUGCGAGUCUCCCUCUAUCUGAACCUGUCGCGCUGCCGCAGAAAAAGCAACGAUUUCGGCAUCGCCGAGGAGUUUGCGACUAAGGCUCUGGAGCUGAAACCCAGGUCCUAUGAAGCGUAUUACGCCAGAGCACGAGCCAAGAGGAGUAGCAGGCAGUUUGCCGCGGCGCUGGCGGACCUCCAUGAAGCGGCACGACUCUGCCCGUCCAACCGGGAGAUCCGCCGCCUGCUGGCGCGCGUCGAGGAGGAAUGCAAACAUCUCCAGAAGAUGGCCGGCAACAACGCGGCGCAGGCCUACGGCCGGAACCCUCACGGUCACCACCACCAACCCGCAGAGGAGGAAACGGACGUCUUUUCACAGGGAAGCCUGGAGAGGCAGAUCCCGGCUGAGCAGCUGGACCCAGAGAGGGAAGAGGAGAGGGAGGAAGGGGACGAGGUGGGUCCCCACUGUGGGAAAAGUCCAGAAUUCUGGCCUCUGAACCCCUACGGUCCAAACAGGACGCUCCCCGGGGGUGCAGCGUUUGGUCUACCGGAUCAGUCCCCGUGUUUCCCUCCGGAGGAAUACGUUCAGAGCCAGCUGUUUGUGGACAUGUCUGAGCCCGCUCACGCCGUGAACAGACAGGCGCAGAACCAGAGCAGCAGGACUCAUCACAACUGCCACUCUCUACAGUCGGGGAGCAGAGGCGCCGUCAGGCCCAUGUCCCUCUGCGGCCCCUCCAGCCCUCUACCCGGCAGGCACAUCUCCACCUCGCUGAGGCCAGCACCUCCGGCGGGAAUCGACAUCGGGUCAGCCAGCGAACACUCCCGCCACAGUCCCACUGAGCACUACCACCCCCUGUCCCCCAACAGCUCCUCGCCACCCGGGGCUCUUCAGAUGUUCCAGCCGCGCUCCUCCAGCUUCUCCAGAGGCUCCGACAGACUCUCCGCCCACUCCGGGCCCCUGGACAGCCUCGCUCUUGCGUUGGGGUCCGGGCUGGACGCGAGGCGGGACGGCGGAGGUACGGCGGGCUCGAGGGGCUCCAGCUCCAGUCAGGCCUCCAGCGGGAACCUGUCGGAUGGAGGCAGGCAGCAGGGGCCAGACGCCCCGUGCCCCAUCAAGAGCAGCGGCAGCUUCAAGGCCAAACCCGACCUGAAGCCCCGGCCCUUCAUGGGGGUCAUGGACAAGGCGGUGCGGGUCCAGAGCCAGCAGAGCUCCAGCAUGAGCCGACAAGGUCCGGGGGGAGGAGGCGCGGAGAGUUUCAGCAUGUCGGUCAUGGAGUUCCAGGGGCUGAACAACGAGUUCAAGCGCGCCUCGUUCCAGGAGCAGCUGCCGGCCAGGGAGUUUGGAGAGCGUCCCCAUCAGCGGGAGAGCCGAGGGUCCGCGUCCUCCCAGCUGCUCUUUCCUGAGGGCAGGCACCGGCAGGCCAGCCUUACCAGAGACAACCCUGCUCUGCACAUGGCUCCCAUUAAACCCAAGCGCUCCUUUAUAGAGUCCAACGUGUGAGGAGUUCGUCAAAGCGCAGAUAUGCUUAUGCGGUUCAUACGGUAGCAAAGGAGACUGAUCCGAGAGCAGCUCCCUUCCCCCGAGCCCGUUUUGUAGAUUUCUGCUGCUGCACUGCAUAUACAAUCUAGAACCAGAACUCAGGCUACGACGCUUUUGCUUACGACCACCGUAUUUCGUUUCAUGGAGACCAGACAUACCUUAAGUAGAGAAGCUGAAACUGCGAGUCCACCGUCUCAACUUUUAGCGAGUUAUCUGAAAUAAAUAAGCCAGAGAAAGCUUUGUGCACGAAUAAACAAGACCUCACGCUGUUAGCUGCAGGUUACGACCAUUUCUAUUGUCAAGUGUCUUUUAAAAAAACAUCUAUAUUUGUACGGUGCACAUGAUCUUUGGAGAUAAUAUAUUUCCUCGUCGGUGAUUAUCUGUCACAGCAUUACGGGCUCCAACAGAGAUUACUUUGUGUACUUAAGAGUCUCUUUCUUGGUACAUUUGAUAAGAAACGGAAUGUAAACGACGUCGUCGGACGCCUCUCGCUCAUGACCGGACAUUACCGCACCGAUAUUUACAGUAUAUAGUCUGUUCUUUAUUUUUGGAUAGCAGAGAACAUAUUUAGAUGACGUGUUUAUGAGUUUUAAAAAGGAUGCACAGUAAGAAAUUACAGAAUGUAGGACAGCUAAACCUUAAGAGACUUAUUACAUUGCAUUAUGUCCAUAGUUGUUCAUAUACCCUUUGCAGAGUUAUAAUAUAAUAUACACAAUGUCGCCACAUUAUAAUUGUGGUAUAAUAAAAA